AUGGAAUUAAAAUCGAAUUUCAGUGGCAAAUCAUCUCUGGAAAUACAUAAAUCUAGAACAGAAAAAUUUCUAAAUGAGAUCAAAUUAAUUUGCUUCUAAGUCACGUAGUUAUUAUUGAAGAAUGAGGAAUCCUCUUUGGUGUUAAGCAAUCUUGCCAUAAUUGUGUAGUUUUUUUAGGUGACAUACAUCCUAUUUAAUCGGUAAAUAUGGCCGGUUUGGAUGACUUAUGAGGUCUCACGACAAAUACAUAGAAUUUUAGGGUAAUACUAUUAUAUUAAAAAAGAUAUUCAUUAUUAGUUCCCUAUUUCGAAAUGGUUUCCUUUGUUGGGUUAAUUUCAAUUAUGUAUACUUGCUUAGGCUUAGUGUUAUUUGGUUACAUGCUAGUAGUUUUGCUUAAUUACAGAUUACAAACAAACUUCUCAUGGAUAACAGAGAUUUUGAGGGGAUUAAUUAAGCUCUUUUUAUCAAUUUUAUACAUGCCUAUGAUGGAUUUAUUUUUUUCAAUCUUAGCUUGUACUAUAAAUGAGAAAGGAGAGUCUGUACAUUUGUUAUUUUCUGAAACAAAGUGUUGGUAAGGAACACAUAUAGUACAUGGAAUUGUUUCGAUAUUUGGAAUAAUUAUUUUUUAUCUUUUUUGCAUUACAUUUGCACUUAUAUAUUACGAACCUCGUUAUAUACCUUAGAACCCUUCAUCAAAAAAGAAUGGCAGAUUUCUUGUUAUUUUUCUUACUUAUGAACUUAUCAUGAUUAUUUGUUAUACUUUUAUGGUUGGGAAAUAGGAUGAUUAUAUAUUUAUUUUUAUACUUGCUAUUGGAAGCUUUUUAGUUUUUUGGAUAAUGCACGUUGAAAAUCCUCAUAAUAAUAAGCAUAUUGCUAAAGCAUGGUCCGUUUUGGCUGCAGUAAACAUGUGGGGAGUCAUCAUAUUAUGUUUUGCUAAAUUUUUAGAAGGACAAUUGUUUUUUGGAACAAUCUAUGCUUGGUUAUUUGGUUUACCUUUCAUGAUAGCAGCAGUAUUAAAGGCCGAUAAAUUAAAUUAUGAAUUGCUAUUGACUAAUCUAAAUAAAGUAUCUGAUCCUUAAGAUGUCCUAAAUUUGACAGAUUAUUUGAUCAAAUUGUAUAAAGCAGAAGAUUCAGAUUCCUAAUUGAUGAUUGAUGGCUUUUUAGAAAUACAUAGAGCAACUUGUGCCAAAGAAGAUUGUUAUCUCAAGCAAAAAAGGAGUAAUAAUCAAAGGAUUUUAAAAUCUUUCUUUAAAGAUCUAACUUUAUCUGAAAGAGAUGUGGAUAUUUUGAUGGUUUUGGGACAAGUGUAUUUUAAUUAAAUCAAAAGAUUUCCAAAUAAUAUUAACUUAAGAAUAAGGUACUCGUUAUUUCUCUUUGAUUUAAUGAAGUAAAGAUAACAAGCACUUAAUGAGUUACUUUAGGCAGAAUUGCAAUACCCAAGUUUUGAUUAUGAAUUCAUAAUUUAUAGAUAUAAAUAGAUUAUUGAAAUUGAGAUGAAUAUGGCACAAAGCGAAAAUACAAACGAAAAACUAGACGUAGUAACAGAAAUAGCAUUUUAGAAUAAUAUGAGAUAAUUUUAAAAUAAAAUAGAGAGAGCAACAUUGAUGCAUAUGGACUUCUGGUCUUAACUAUAAGAGGAAUCUCCUGAUUUAGGUAAAAUGAAUGAAAUUGGUUCAAAAAUCAAUUUAGUUAUACUUUAAGUUGAAGAUUUAUGGAAUAGAAUGCAGAAAAUGACAUAAAAUCUACCCAAAGCUAUGAGAUUAUAUGCUAAAUUCAUCAUUGAAGUACUUUAAGAUAAAGAAUUUGGAGAAUAAUUAUUGGAUAAAUCUAAAAAAUUAUAGUAGCAAAUUAUAAAAUAAAGGAAUCAAUCAAUGCUUUCAAUUUUGAAUAAUGAUGAUUUAUGUUAUGAAUCAAAUGCUACAAUAAUUGUAUCUACAGCUCCAGAGAAAUUCGCAUAAAUUAUCAAUUUAAAUCUAUCUUGUUGUAAUUUAUUUGGAUUUGUGAAAUCUGAGAUGAUAAAUCGCAAGAUCAAUAUAUUUAUGCCUAGCAUAUAUUCUAAAUUUCAUGAUGCAUAUUUUGAUCGGUUUAUGUAAACGAAUGAUAACAGAUUAAUCAAUAGAGAGAGAUUGGUUUUCAUAAAAUAAAAGUCUAAUUACAUCCUCCCUUGUUUUUUGACUCUUAAAUUAAUUUAGUCCCUUGAUGAUAGUUUAUAGUUAGGAGCUUAAUUUCGGCCAUUAAAGUAAUUCAAACCUACUUGCCACUUGAUAGUAGGUGCUAAUGAAGUAAUAGAUUCCUUAUCCGCAUCUUGCAUAUCUUUUUUGAACAUUGACUAUAAAUCGAUAUCAAAUGGAAGGCUAAUGUUAACCGACAUCUUUCCGAAUUUCGAUUAGUCAAAGGAAUUGUAUUUAACUAAAAGUGGUGGUCCUUUAAUCUAUAAAUACAGAGAAUAAUAGCUGAAUAAUAAAAAUAGCAAGGAUGAAAAUGUAGAUUGUGAAAUUCAAUUUAUAUGCUAUAUGAACGAGUUAGUAAACAAUACCAAUGGAGAAUUAAUAGGAUAUGUGGUGAGAUUAGAAAUAAAUGGAAAUGAAAAGAGUAUGAUGUAGGACCUGAAUGUACAUCAUCAUUAUCAAGGAGGCCUAAGUUUACAAUUUAAAUUCAAUCCUCGUGCAAAUAGUUAUUGUGGUGAAUUUUUAGCUGAAUUGAACUCUUAGAGAGUAGAUUAAACCAUAAUUUGGGAUUAGGGUGAUCUAUCUUCUAUGAUUUCAUCCAAUUAACCUGAAAUACAUAAUAAUAAUGUCGAUUAAAAGAAUUUAAUGAGAGUUGAUAAUAUUGAUCAAAAGAAGGGUCAGAUAGAUUAUGGAGAGGGAAUUGUAAUUGUGAGACUAUUUGAGAACAAAAUUUAGGAAAUAAAUGAUCCAGAAGUCAUAUCAGAUGAAGAGAAUGAGGAUAGAGUAAGUGUGUUUCAGAGAAAUUAGAAUGAAGAUUUUAAGGGACAAGGGUAAGAAGAAGUGAAUGAGAAGAAUAAUAUAUUUAGAUCAAGAAAACAAUUAUCCUAAAUAAUCAAUAAUUAUUAGAUUCCUAAGGUGAUUACAAAAGUGAAUUGGACUGCAAAUAUCUUAACUAUAAUAUUAGUCGUGUUGUCAUUUACUGACUUUUUCAUCAUUUAUGAAUAAUAUGACGAUAUUUACAACACCAUAGUUUUGGUAAGAGAUCAAAAUUAAAGAAAUGCAGAAUUACAAACACUGACUACAAGCAUUUAGAACUUAUUGAUGUUGAAUAUGGAUGUUUGGGAAUUUCAAAGUGCAAAGGAGUAAGAAGCAUAUGAAAUAUUGUGGAAGGAUAAACUAAAUUAGUCAAUUAGUAAUGUCGAUAGUUUGAAUAAGGAGUUAAUGCUAACAGAAGUGAGUUUGAGUGAUGCGAUAAUAGAUAUGAUGAAUUCUGAUGUUGUGAGUAUGAAAUCGAGUGAGGGUAUUUCAGAAAUGUUUGAUUUAUCACAAGCCAUUUAAUAGUUAUUGAGUAAAUCAUUAAUCAUAAGAGACAAACCAAUAUCUAAUAUUAGAUUGGAUGAUAUAGAUGUCAAUUUUGUAUUGUUUAAUUCUCUAAAUAGUUUGGUAUACUAAUUAAGAGCCUUUUCUACAUUGUAUGCCAAUGAAUUGAGAGUUAAAUCAGAAAAUAACAAAGAUACAUUUUUGUUGAUAUUAAGUAUUUCAGCUGCAGCUCUUGGUGUUGGAUUAUUCAUUAUGAUAAUGGCCAUAGUAUCAGUCAACAAAACUGUAGAGGAAAUGUUGGUUAUUUUUAUAGAUAUCCCAGAUAAAAUAAUUAAAUAUUUAUUCAAUAGAGCUGAAGGUUUUCUAUCAAAUUUACAAGUGGGUGAGGACGAUGAAUUGAUCUCCGAAAUGGAUGAUAUAGAAAAAGAAAACUAAAAUGAAUUGAAUAAAUAAUUGAGAGCAAAAAGAAAGAGAAAGAAGUAUAAAAAUUCAAACAAAGAGCAACGUAAUUUUACUCUUGGGAUUUUAAUAAUUAUUCUACUUGCUUAAGGAUAUUUUAUAUUAAAUUAUCAAUAGAGUAAAUCAUUUUUAACAGAUCUAAGUUAGAUGAUUCCUGAAAUCAAUGCAACUGCUAGGGCGGAGAGCUUCUAUAGAUUUGUAGAUAUAAGUGAAAGAUCCUUAUUUCUCAAUCGUAACCAAACAAUUAUGAAUUAAGAUGCAUAUGAGAUUGUCAAGAACAAUAUCAAUGGAUUGUAUAGUCUAGAUUCAUCCAUUCACCAAGAACAUUCAUAAAAUGUGGAAAUCACAAGUCAAAUAUACUUAGACUCUUAUAGAUAGGUUUUUAUGGAACAACCAUGUACAAUAAUUUCAAAUUUCUUAAAUGAAAUUACUGAAUAAGAAUGCUAAUUAUUUUCUGAUGGAGCAGUCUAUUAAGGAAUGGCUGUUGGGAUUGCAAGGUAUUUUGAGAAUCUAAGAUACAUAAUGACUAUUUAUGAUUAAUUUUGGGGAAAUCCAAAUGUGAACUUCACUUACUUAGCUCGAGGAUUUGGUAAAUUUAGGAAUAUAACCAAAGACAGUGAUAAUGUAAGAAAUUAUAUCUUAAAUCUAAAUAAUUUCAAUUAAACGAUAGAGUCUAGGGAAAUGUAAGAUACUUACAACAGAGGAGCUUUUCGAUUUCUCGUUUCUUAAAUGAUUCAAGGGAUUAGUCAAGAUAUGGAAAAUCAUAAAACUUAAAUGCUGGGAUUCUUUAUUGUUUUUGAAGGAUUAAUCUUUAUAGUUUACUUUUUCUUAUGGCUGCCUCUGGUUGCCAAGUUUACUAAGGACAUAUGGAGAACAAGAUCAAUGCUACUAAUGAUUCCACUCAGUGUCAUACAAAAUAUUAAAUCUAUUAAGUCAUAUAUAAAAAUGAAUAUUCAGAUCAAUGAUGUAGAAGUUUGA